AUGUCCAAACGACCUCCUACCAACAACAAUGCCGCCAAUGCCCCCGCCGCCAAAAAGUCUCGAAUCGACAUUGACGACACCGUGACCGAAGUCAAGACUCAGGGCAUCCAGCUCCUCGACUCAUUGAAGGCUCAGAAGGCUGCCGUUCAGUGGGGUCAUACUACCUGCCGUGACGACACAAUGGCAAGCAUCAAGAAAGCAGAGUCCUUGAUCAGUUCCCACGAAAAGCUUGAUGCUUCUAACGCAGUGGAGAAUCUGAUCGAUGCACUUAUAGAGAGCGAGGUCAGGGCUAUGAUCACGGCGUUGGAAAAGUAUAGUGAAAUAUGGGAAGAAGCCUAUGAGCAGCCAGAGGCCAGCAUCCUAGAAGGAGUACAGAAGUGGCAGCACGACAUCACGCGUGAUGUGAAGAAGCAACUCAAGCAGACGCUGAAAGAUCUGACUGUGGACGAAACCAUCGAGAAGGUGCAGGCAGAGACGAAGAGCGCAUACAAAGCAGCUGCGAAGAAGAAGUUUGUCGGCAUCCUCGAGAACGCUUUGAAUUGA